AUGCUCCUCCUUCAAACUUCGAGCUCAUUUCAACCCCUCGCCGCCACGUACAGCAGCACCGACCUUGCGGACUGUCCGCUUUUUAGCACCGGACAGGCGGUCGACUUCAACGAGCGACCAAACCCUUUCUUCUGUCCACGAGAUAACACGCGCCGUUCAGUUGAACGGAACUUAUGGCGACCUUCAAUGAUGGCCUCGUGUUCUGGAAGCUCGACAAGCCCUGCUGGUAUUAAAAGGAGCCAGUCAGAAUUGCUAGAUAUUUCCGGCGAGGUGAUUAAGAGGAGCAAGAGCGAGACCAUUGGAGCUUUUGUGACAUCUACAAGAUCUUCGUCGUAUUCGAGCAAUAUUCUGAUGAACAGAGCGUAUAGGACGUCGGAAAGGCUGAGAACGCCUGCAAGCCGUUCCACACCUACUCAUGGUCCAGAAGACCUGUCUGGUGCCAGUGAUGAGGUAUCGUUUGUGGAGGAAUUGAUGGGUGAAUUUUUCGAAAAGCCCACCGCAUCGGGGAUUUCGACCAAAACGCGUACUCCAUUUCAAAGAAUGCCGGUGCGGUAUCAAGAAUCUUGCACUGUUUUUGACGGCAUCCGAUGCGUGGCCUACACCCAAACGAUACAACUCACCGAAAAUGAGGACUCAAAGUUGGCCGAAGCCCUGAAGCGAAUCGCCGCGCUAGAGGCCGAAAAUGAGAAGCUGUAUUCUACCCUGGGGCGGUGCAGAGUUUUGGAAGAGCAGUUGAUGGAAUGCAUAAAAGAAGCAGAGGGGAAGAAGGCAGGCGGAGAGCACACAAAGAACGAUCAACACCCAGACUGCCAGCCAAUA